UGCAUGCGUGUGUGUGCGCGUGCGUGUGGAGAAACGAGAGCGGUUAGUAGUCGUGCACUGUUCCUGGCUUCACGCGCUCUCGGUUCCACCGCGGCUGCGGCGAAGCGUCUCGCGUGGCUCGGAGUUCGGAACUACAAGCCCUUUAAGUGGACAGUGUGAGUGUGAGUGUGUCUUACCGCAGAGACAGAGAGAUGAGUUGGGGAACGGAUCUUUGGGACCAGUUCGAGAACCUCGACAAGCACACGCAGUGGGGCAUCGACUUCCUGGAGCGCUAUGCAAAGUUCGUGAAGGAAAGGCUGGAGAUUGAGCAAAACUAUGCAAAACAGUUGCGGAGCCUGGUGAAGAAGUACUGCCCUAAGCGCUCCAAAGAUGAUGAGCCCAGGUUUACGUCAUGCCUGUCGUUCUACUCCAUCUUGAACGAGCUGAAUGACUACGCGGGUCAGCGAGAGGUCGUUGCCGAGGAGAUGGGCCACAGGGUGUACGGUGAGCUGCUGAGGUACUCGCAGGACCUGAAAGCCGAGAGGAAACACCACCUCCAGGAGGGACGGAAGGCGCAGCAGUAUUUGGAGCAGUGCUGGAAGCAGAUGGACAAUAGCAAGAAGAAGUUUGAGCGGGAGUGCAAAGAAGCGGAGAAAUCCCAGAUACUCUUUGAGAGGUUAGACAAUGACAUCAAUGCCACAAAGUCGGAAGUGGAAAAGGCCAAGUCCCAGCUAUAUAUGCGAACCCACAUGGCAGAUGAGAGUAAGAAUGAGUACGCAGCUCAACUGCAGAACUUCAACGCAGAACAGUGGAAGCACUUCAAUGUGGCCAUCCCACAGAUCUUCAAGAGUCUACAGGACAUGGACGAGCGCCGGACGGUGAAACUGGGAGAGACGUACCGGAGCUUUGCCGAGGUGGAACGGAAAGUCAUCCCGAUCAUUUCCAAGUGCUUAGAGGGCAUGGUGACCGCCGCCAAAAAUGUUGACGAGCGCAAGGACUCAUCAAUUGUGGUUGAAUCAUUUAAGUCUGGGUUCGAUCCACCGACAGACUUCCCCUUCGAGGACUUUAGUCAGAACAUCCAGCGCACAGGGUCAGAUGGCACCAUCAGCACUCCCAAAACCGACCCGGGCAAACCUGACCCCAAACACUCAAUGGGAAAAGCCAAGAACAAACUCUGGUUGUUUGGGAAAAAGCCCAAGGCUCCAAACCUCGAGGAUCUCAGCCACCUGCCUCCAGAACAGAGACGCAAGAAACUUCAACAAAGGAUUGACGAGCUCAGCAGAGAGCUGCAGAAAGAAAUGGACCAAAGAGAUGCAUUAAAUAAAAUGAAGGAUGUCUAUGAGAAGAAUCCUCAGAUGGGUGACCCGGGGAGUCUCCAGCCCAAGAUCUCCGAGACCAUAUGCAACAUGGAGAAGCUGCGCUCCGAGAUACACAAAAAUGAGACAUGGCUGGCAGAAGUGGAGGGGAAACAGAGCUCCCGUAGUGAACGGCGACCCAGUUCAGAUGUGAAUCACCACGCACCUCAUGGCAGAGAAAGUCCUGAAGGGAGCUACACCGAUGAUCCCAACCAGGAGCACCGGGCCCCCCCUCAACCGGACCAGCAUGAGUUUGACGAUGAAUUUGAAGAUGAUGAUCCCCUCCCUGCGAUUGGGCACUGCAAAGCACUCUACUCUUUUGACGGCUCUAACGAGGGCACAUUAGUGAUGAAGGAGGAUGACGUGAUGUACGUCAUCGAGCAGGAUAAGGGCGACGGAUGGACGCGGGUCCGUAAGCAGAGCGGCGAGGAGGGUUACGUGCCCACGUCCUACGUCGAGAUCACGAUGGAGAAGCACAGCAAAGGUGCGGUCACCUACAUUUGAGCUCAUCUGAAGCAUGGUCGCCCAGCCAUGCAUGUCAUGUUGACUCUCAGCAUUGGCAGCAUCGCAGCCUGCAUCAUACCCUGUUCACUGUGUGAGCCCAUGGACAAAACCAUAAACGCACACACAGACACACACACUCACACACAGACACACACAUACACUGGGUAAAAAGACCCUGACUAUGUUUACUUCAGAGGCAGGUUACUUUCCUAUUCACAUUUCAGAUUUUAUUCGCUUUUUUGUAGCGUCUUUGUUCCUUGGAUUAUAGCUUUAUCUGUCAUUUUGAAGUGGCCUUUUUAUGUCAGCAGUGCGGUAGGAUAAAAAGAUUUCAUUCUUAACAAACAAUACCUUAUUCUCAGUUACUGAAAGGGACUCGUGAAGCCCGUUCCUGUAAGUCCAAAUCAUUGGAAGUAAAAUUGUACAUGUCGAGUACACAAACUUGGAGCUUUUUUAUAGGCUGUUUAACCUACACCAGCUUUCUGGCUAUGACUUCUCAGGCCUAUCCUGUGAUUUCCAGGCAAAAUUUUUAUCUAUUUCACAUUUAUGUGCUGCAUCACUAAUCCUCAGAUCAUUAUAUGAUACUGUACAUCUCAGGACCUGCACUGUGUGUGUGUGUGUUCAUCUCCACAUGGGCCCUCAGUCCUCUCUAGCUACAGUAUGUUGUGUGAGUGACGGUGCUCUCUUUCCUCUCUCUGUGGCUACAGGUUCCUGAGUGGAUGAGUGGGGGCUCUGUGGUGUUGGUGGAAGGGACACGCUGCUCUGGGUCUGUUAGUAGGUAGUGCAAGGGGUUUCGGCUGAAAGAAACAGGAAGAGAGAGAGCAAGCAGAUUGCAUGUUUGCAUGCUGACUCUCAUUUUCCAUUAACAUCAUUUCGAUUCAGCAGAAGCUUGUGACGUAGAUUGGGAGGGGUGUAGAAAAGGGAAGAGGAAUAGCGUGGGGGGGGGGGAUGUUAAGUGAGGAAUCAGCUGCAUGGUGUAGAAUGAGUAGAAGGCCAAAGAGCUGAUCUAACCUGACGCAUUUAUCCUAGACUGUGCCUGACCCUAACAUAACUCCUUGUUGCACUCCAUCCGAGCGCUGUCAUGGGAAUGUUUUCCUGUGCCAUCCCUCUUGCUUGCCUUAACAUGCAUGACGUGAACAUGUCACUCCCUCUCACGGGGCUGCCCUGUCAGCAGUACCUGAUGAUCACAUAUAACCACUUCUAAUCCUUCAUUACCCUAUUUCUGUAAUGCCUUGUUUUAUACCAUCAUUGCAUAUUUCUUUUCUCCAUUUUGACUGCAUCCACCCAGAAUAACACAUCCAUCAUAAAAGUAUAGCACGAAUGAACCAGAGUAUGCACAAGACUGGACCACAGCAGCCCUAUCACCGAUAACCAACAUAAUUAAGACUAACUGCCAGUUCUCCCGAUGUGUGCUGCGGAUACCACAAAAUACCACCUGGGACCAACAGAGGGUGACACGUCGUCGUACAAAACGGACCGAAAGCCUGGAUCUGUUAGAAAUGCAGUGCAGUGAACACUCCAACCAUCCUUUCAGCCAAUCCUAACACCUUUUUAUUCUCUUCCAGCUUUUAAUAUCAUGCUCGAAGAACUCCGAUAAGCGUCCUCAUUAUCCGAAAGCGCCUGCGUUAUCUUUGUGUGCGUAUGUUUGUGAACGUGUCAUGCAUAUAUUGAAACUAUGUGUAUGCAUAUGUAUAUACCUAGUUAGGUUUUAUUACUGAUUUCUAAGUAUUAACAACUUUUAAUUUCAUAAUGAAUGUGUUUUUACCAUGUCUUUUUAUAGGGUUUUUUAAUCGUACGAAUGAUUUUCACCUCUUUGACUCUCUACGUGCUGUUUUCUGUUUGUAAUCAGUGCUUUUUUCAUGUCUGAACACUAUUCUGCAUAGGACUCUGGUCUUAACCAAUGCACUUUUCCUCCCCCGAUUUCAUUUAAAUUUAAAUUGAGUGAAUGAAUGAAUGAAUGAGUGAUGUUGGCUCUGACUGCUACUUUUUUUGUAUAAAUAUAUUGUACAGUAAGACAACAGUGACCACUAUCUCCUGGGGUAUUUGAUCAAGAGCAAACAGGAAAUAAAUGCUAAAGUCCCUUUG